UCUGACAUUGUAUGAAAUUAUAUUCCUCAAUCAUUCUUCAUUCAAGUGAAAUGUGACUAAUAAUCAGUGUUCAUGUGGCAUUUUAAAGCAAAACAAUAUUAAAGGAAAUCCGCAACAUCCAGUGCAACCUCCCACAAUUUGUGCAGGUGCCAUUUGGACAACUGCCAUCAUCGAAGCUUUCUAACGCUGUGGAAUAGUAAACAGCUCAAGAAAAACCGAUUGCCCUGCAGCAAAAAAUGAACAAGCAAGACUCGGGGAACGUUGGGACCUCUAAAAGUGCGCAACAAGUCUGCGUACAUCGGAACCAAAUCAGCCUAGUAUGAGCUUUCAACAUUGGGACGGUAUUGAUGAUGAUAAUGACAAUGAAAAUGAGGAAACCUCAGAAGUUGUUGACUGGGGUGGGAGAGAUGGUGUCAUAUUUCUUAUUGAUGCUACAGAUUCUAUGUUCCUGGAAGACGAAAAUCGACAGGCUGAUGGGACAUCUGAAAUAUUAUUCCGGAAAGCUUUGAAGUGUUGUCAUAUGACUAUGUUGAAAAAAAUAAUGGGAUCUGAGAAGGAUUUGUUGGCAAUUGUUUUAUUUGGCACCUCUGAGAAAAACAACCACUUAAAUCUCAAUCAUUUGUAUGUUUUACAAUCACUUGAACAACCCAAUGUGGAAAAAAUUAAGGCCAUCGAUAAGAUGAUAAAAUCUGACUCUUGUGGUAACUUCAGGAGCAAAUAUGGUCAUUCUGAUAAUUACUGUUUGCAAGAUGCUUUCUGGUUAUGUCAGUCUAUGUUCUCAAAUUGCGAGUUGAAGAUGACUAUCCAAAGAAUUUUACUGUUUACGGCAAAUGAUAAUCCACAUGCUGAUGAUCGAAGUGAACAGCAAAGAGCACUUGAUCGAGCAAAUGAUUUGUGUGGGCUAAAUAUUACUUUAGAAAUUCUUCCUUUGACAUCUAACUUUGAUGUCAAUCUUUUCUACAAGGAUUUGGUGGUGGCUGCAAUGGGAGAAGACUAUGCAGAACAAGCUCUGGGAUCAUCUGCACAACAGAUUGAGGAUUUAUUAAUGCGCGUGUGCCGUUUCAGCCACAAAAAACGUUCCCAAGGUCGACUUCUAUUAUACUUAGGGCCAAAAUUGGCUAUAGGUGUUGGAGUUUAUAGUAUGCUCAGGAGACGUCCUAUGCCGAAAAGACUGUGGCUGGAGAAAAAAACAAACCUUCCUGUAAAAUCUUCUGUACAUAAUUUUAAUGCUGACAGUGGUGAAGUACUUUUGCCCAUGGAUAUAAUGAAGUGCAAGCAGUAUGGUGGCCAGAAAAUAGUCUUUAAUCCUGAAGAAACAAGAGCUAAAAAUCUUCUUGAACCUGGAUUCUAUCUCAUGGGUUUCUUGCCAAAGGAAAAAGUGAAACUUGAGCAACAUUUUAAAAUGCCUUAUUUCAUAUUUCCAGAUGAGAACCAAGUGAAAGGAAGUAGGAAGACUUUUGCGGCUUUAUUGAAUCGCUGUGCACAUCAUGGAAAAGUAAUGAUUUGUCAGGGAGUACUGAGGCAAGUUGCUCAACCCAAACAUUUUGCAUUCUUUCCUCAAUUGGAACAACUUAAUUCAGAAUCAGGUGCUCAAGAAAUAGCUGGUGGUUUUCAUGCAUAUGCUUUACCUUCAUCUGCAAAUAUUCGAACUAUUGAGGUUGAAAAUAUGGAAGAUGCAACAGAAACACAAUGCAAGUUUGCAGCUGAGGUUGUGUCAAAGCUUACAUUCAAGUUUUCAGUACAUGAUUUUCAGAACCCUGUUCUUCAAACUUUGUGGGCUGGAAUUGAAGCUCUUGCUCUGGAAAUGCCAAAUAAAAGAGAAGUUGAAGAUACUACAAAGCCGAAAUAUGAAUCAAUAAAGAAAAAAUUAGACAAAAUUGAUUUAAAGUUUGAAGAGGUUUUCAACACUAAAGAUCUCAUUACUCCUGCCAAACCAGGCAAGAGGAUGGCUGCAAACGAUGCUUUUGAAAGGAAAGUAAAGCAACUUAAAAGUGAAGAUUUAGAUAUUGAAGAGCUUGCAAAUAAUGGGAAGGUUGGAAACUUAAAAGUGGAUCAGUUGAAAACUUUUCUAAUGGGAAGAGGUCAAAAAGUGACAGGAAAGAGAAAGGGAGAACUAGUUGAUAUGGUCUAUGCAGAAUUUGACCUUCAAGCACCAUAAAACUUUAUUUAAAGGUGUACGAGUAUGUGUGCACAUAUUGCCUUGUAAUUUUUUAUUGUUAAGGAGCUGUGAGUGAAUCCAAUUGUACAUAAGAACAGCUGGACGUACAAAUGUAUCUCUGUAAUUAUGUUAUUUUCAGAUAAUAUGUUCAUUUAAAGAUUCAAUUGUGAAUGCAUUUACACCAAACAUUUUGAUUACACAUGAUGCAAGUAAUGCAGUUAGCUGUAGAUUUAAGGAAUAAGAAAAAAUAAAAAUUUGCUAUCAAACUUAAAAAACUAUUUAUUUCUUCAAAGGGAUGUAUAAUGCAGUUUUGGUUUUUCCUUUCGCAAUUGUCAAAAUUGUUUCACAGUGUACUGAUCAACGAGUCUGUGCAAACUGUUUUAUAUCUGGCGAAUACGAAUGUGCUAUUUGCAAAAGAUUGAAGUAAAUCACCUUGAUCUAUUUGAUUUGCUCUGCAAUUUAAAUAACUGGUUUCAAUAUUAGAAGGGUUUUUCUCACAGAGUAACAC